UUGGCUGCCUUUCCACCUCCUGGGGAUGAGCAGCCAAUCAGGGCUGCUGCAGAGGCAGUGGGAGCUCUUCCCCUCCUCUCCAGAGCCCAGAGCCCUCCUUGCAGGAGGGAAAGGAAUUAAGAGUCCCCCUCCCCCACCCCCAUUCCUGCAGCUGGGAAGGGGGAAAUGGAGUAGGCCUGUGAGAGGGUGUGAAGAACCCUUGGUACUAGAGAAGGAGCAGAGGUGGGGAUUGGGGAGCACAGAAUUAAUGCAUGAGAAUGGGGGAGAAGUUCUGGAGACACCUCUGAGUCCCAUUCCCCCCUCCCCCCCGCAGCAGACCCACCUUUCACUGGAACCUGCCCAGAAAGGCAGGAGCUGUGCACUGCAGCUGCUGAGCCAUGAACAGCAGGAGCCAGUGCAGAGGGAGGAGAUGUCUGCGGGCUCUGGCACCGGAAAUCCCCGUGGGUUACAGCUGCAGCAAUGCUAACCCCCCGGGCACAGCCAGAGCUGCUUCUUCAGCAAGACAAGAAGUGGGGGGGUCUCCACCAGGGCUGGGGAAAUGAAGCAGUAAAACUGGUGCCACCAGGAUCGGGGCAGGAGACAUUGCCUGGAUCCAGUCUGGAGCGGCUGCAACCAGCGUGAGCAUCUGCCCUGAAUCCAGAGUGACUCCAGUCUGGGAUCAAGGAUCUUUCACCAUAGGAGAAAAUCGUGUUUCCCACCCAUGGGCUCCUCCAGCUGUAACUGCAGUAACUUUUCAGGUCUGGGGCAGGUGCAAGGCACUGGUGCCAUGUGGGGGCUUGUCGGGGCACUGGUCCUGUCGCACCUGGUGUCCCUGUUGUGGAACAUUCUCUGCUGUGUGAGGCACACAGCACACAGAGAUGAGUCCAGGAGGCUCUUGCCUCAGUUCAGCAGAAGUGUGAAGCAUGUGACUGAGGAGAUUCCAGUCUAUGGCAACAUCAGUUACCUGCAGACAGGGCAAAGUUCUGGGUUUGAAAGCUCAGCAGUGUCAGAGUCCCAGGAGGAGCAGGAAUCCAGCCCCAAGAAGCCUACGUGCUACGCCAACCUCAAGAUGCUGAAACCCCAAGGCCGGCAGCUGCCAGAGUCAUCAGUGGGGGGUGCUGAGAUCCAGUACACAGAUGUGGUGGUGACGGGGCCCAGGCGGUCAGAGCCAGAGAUUUGGGGCGGGGGGCCCCUGAAGGGCAGAGAGGCUACUCGGCCGCAGUCAGAGCUUUAUGCGUCUGUGCAUUCAGAAAGAUACACAGCCAAGUUUGAGAACCAAGACUACGCUAACAACCAUGCGGUUCCCAGCUGAAGGGUGGGGGCUAACGGGGUUCUGUGUGCAUGAUUCAUAGCAAUAAAUCCAAGCUUCACUAAUG